AUUCGGUUUUCUUGUUAAAUACGGCUUAGGGUUUGAUGCCGGAUUCCGGUGCAUACUGUGGACGGUUUUCUUACUAAUAUGACAAAUUAACUAUAAAUACUCUUGACAUCCCGAUUUUACCAGUGCUUUUGCAACUUGCCAAUUGUUUUGUUUACCGUAUUAACUCCAUGGGUCUUGGUACCUAAUCAUCUUUUUGUUAACCCAUCGUCCAUCCCCCUUCUUACAUGAAAGAAUCUCAUAAGCCCAAACACAAACGGAUGUCGUCGCCAAAGACCGCUGCCAACCCGUCCUCCGUCUCCGCGUCAACCAAAGUUUCCCCGGAACACCCCCCACCUUCCACUUCCGGUUCCGGUACCUUGGACUCUCAGUUCAUCGACAACAUCACCAAUAUCAUCUUCACCCAAACCUCCAAUUCCUACUUCCCGCUCGAUAUCUCGCUAUCGUCGGUGUCGGAUGAGGUGGCUCAGGUGUUGAAGAAAUUUAAUUUACCCUGUCAAAAACAAUUGAGUAUCACCAACAAGUCCUUGAGCGAUAAACUUGUGCCCCGGUUGGUCAAACUCGACCCGUCCCUCAAGUUGGACUACUCCAAGUUCAUCUCCCACCCGGGCAACUUGUUUGUCAAAAACCUCUCUAAAACCAAGUUGAAUCACAGUAAAAUGUUCAAGUUCUUUAAUUCCCACAGCCUGUACCGGUCACUUGGUGAACUCAAUAUUUUCAACCAGACGUCCACCAACGACGACGACGUGUUUGCCAUCUUGCGGUUCGACAACUACCUCGACGUCGAGUUUUUGUUGACCAAGAAGUUUACUUCUAACCCGUUCCACGUUAACCCGAACUUCCAAUUGUACCUCAACAAGUACAUUUCGAAGAAACAACGUAAGCUCAUCCACGAAGAGUUUGACGAGUUCAACAACUACAACAGUCUUGUGCUCGAGAACUUGAGUGGGUUUUUUCCCCCAGGGUUUGAAUUUUCGCUUGUUAAUUUGCAGCUGUUUUUCGAUAAGUUCCGAAUUUUUGGCAACAUCCAGAUGAUCUACUUCCCCGUCAACUUGAUCAACGCCAACAGCGACUUUGUGCCGGCAGACUUUGGUUUCAUCAAUUUUGAGGUGUCAGAGAACUCCAACCUCAAUAUCCUUAAAUGUGUGUACUAUUUGAACCACCUCACGUACGAGGAGUUCAACGACUUUUCCGAGUCUACCAUCGCCCAACACGACUUGACGUCGGACUUUGAUGCCAACGGGGCUGGCACCACCAAUGGCAUCCAUAUCUCCAUUUCCCAGCACAAACACAACCAUUAUUUAUACCAAUUCUGCCCUACGCUUUUGAGCUUGGCUAACGGGGUUUUGUCUGUCAGCUACAUCGACAUGGCGUUCCACUCGGCCUUUCUCAACAACUUUGCUCGGUACUCCAACUACCAGGAAACCAAUAUCUACGUCAACAACUUUCCCACGUUAUUUGCAAAUAAUGAUGCUCAGUGGGAGCGGUUUUGGCAGCGGUUUGGGGCCAUUAAGCUGGCGAAAAUCAUCAAGCCCCAGUUCUAUGCCAAAGAAGACCAGAGCGUGGGGAAAAUUGGGUUUGUGUUUUUUGAGGACUUUAAGAUGGCUUUGAAAGCCAUCAUCAUCACCAACAACAAGUUGGUUAGUAUUGACAAUCUGAGUUACUUGAUCAAAACCAGUUUCGCGCUCCAGAAGCUCCACCGAGACCGGCGCAAGAAGUCGGGCGACAGCUUGGACCAGCAGCUAGAGGCCCCGGCCCCGUACUACUACGAGUAUCCUGAGCGGGAUGAAGACGAUAGGAGUUAUACUUAUCUGAUGCCGGGGCCCAUGGGGCAAUUUCACCAGCCGUUUCACCAGCCGUUCUUCUUUCCGGUGGCGCAACUGGUGCCGUUUUACCCGUACUAUAACUAUCCCAGCUACCAUGUAUAUAACAGUCAAUGAUCUUCCAAUGUAUAUAGUCAAUGAGCUCCGGAAGUCGUGCUAGUAUACAAAAAUAAACGUCUCGCACCAUGGC